AUGUUCAACUUUGAAAGAAUAGAUCAUGGUUCAGGUAAAGGAACUGGCAUAGCAAUAGAAAAUAGAGAUACAAGAAAAGGCCACAUAUCAAUAAACUUCAAAGACGAUGAUGGUAGAAUACUAUCAAUUAAAUACAAUUCCUUUAAUUCUAUCAACAUAUUAUUGAUCAAUGCUCCAGCGACUAUAUCUGAAAGAAACACCUUCAUAAUCAACUCAAAAUCACUGUUUAAAAAAUAUAAUUCAAUCAACCAUCAAAUAAUAGCAGGCGACUUCAAUAACAACCACGAUUGCAACAGCUUCUUCGGUACUGAAUUACGUAAAAUAAUAGACCAAGACAUGCUACUAGAUACUGGUAUUGAAGAAAACACUCCAACAUUUCCAAGAUCAAUGAAGAGACUAGAUAGAAUCUACUGUCAUCCAACACUACUAAACCAAAAUUCAAAACUGGUAGUCCACAACACAGUAUUCAACAAAUCAGAUCACUUUCCCAUCACAAUCACAAUACAAACCAACAGAGAAACAACAACAACAACAACAACAACCAAACUAGAAAGACUCCCUUGGACAUUAUGUAAAGAAAUUCUCAACAACAAACAUAUACAUGAUGGGUUAUCAGAAUUAAUCAGUAAGAACAAAGAUAAGAUCAAAUCAGUGGAGGAAUGGACGAAAUUUAAAAAUAAUGUCAUCAGAGAUUAUUUAAAAAAAGAACAAAACAAAAUAAAGAAAGAAAAGAACAAAAGAAAAUACGUAAUCCACAAAUUACUUGGAAAUAGUGAUAUCAUUCCAAAGAUGAGAAAAGAACUCAAUGAAGAAAUAAGUAGAAUAUUAGAAGAAGAAAGAAAGGUAAAAGCAUGGGAUAUAAAAUUAAAACUCCACCUGCAUCAAGAAACACCAAGCAAAUACCUCACAAGUAUCCUUAAAUCCAGAGCCAAAGAUAAAUCAAUAUUCCAAAUAAAAGAUAAAGAUAAUAAGACCAUAUCAGAUAAAGAGAACAUAGCAAAAAGAUUUGUUGAAUUCUAUCAAGAUCAAUAUGAAGAGAAAGAAGAUAACGAAGAAACCCACAAGAAGUUAUUAGAAAAAUGGGAAGUAGACGUUGAUUUAAUCAAGAAACUCGAGAUAGACAGACCGAUAAGAAUACAUGAAGUGACCAAAGCAAUCAAAACUUCAAGUAUCCACAAAUCUCCAGGUUUAGACGGUAUCAAUGCACUAUUCUACAAGUACCACAUCAACUCAAUAGCAAGAAUAUUGACUAUAGCUUUCAACGACCUCCUCACAAAUAAGAAAGAAAUCCCCACAAAAUUCAAAGAAGGAGUAAUAACAACAAUAUUCAAAAAAGGAGAUGAACUAAACAUUUCAAAUAGAAGACCAAUCACCCUUCUCAAUACAGAUUACAAAAUUUUAAGCAAAAUUCUCAACAGUAGAUUAUUAGAUAUCACCAGUAAAAUUAUCAACAAAUUUCAAAACGGCUUUGUUCCAAACAGGUUCAUCCAAGACAAUAUUCAGAUCAUGAAGGAAGUAAUAGAAAUAAGUAACAAAAGAAAGAACAAUACACUCAUUACCUUUUACGAUUUUAACAAAGCAUUCGAUUCAAUCAGCCACAAGAGUAUCACAAGAACAUUAGAGCAUAUUGGUAUCCCCCCAAAAUUCACAGCGAUCCUACUAAACCUACUCAAAGAUACUAAAAACAAAAUAAAGAUCAACGACUUUUUAGUCAAUGGAAUAACAAUCAGAACAGGAACAAAACAAGGAGACCCAAUAUCACCAACAAUCUUUGCUCUAGUUUUAGAACCACUUCUAAUAGAUAUCAUCAAUGAUAAUACAAUCAAAGGCUUCACUCUACCAAAUUCCAAAUCAUUAAAACUCACUGCAUUUGCUGACGACAUAGCAACCUUUACAAACUCCACAGAAGAACUAAUGAAAAUUAAUACUAAAAUCCAAAAGUACUGCUCAGCAACGUCAUCAUCGUUAAACAAAGAGAAAACAGUAAUGAUAGCAAUAGGAGAUAAACCACACGAUCUACCAUUCCAAGAGAGUACAGUCCCAGAAAGAUAUCUUGGCCUCAAUUUCACCAAAACAGGUUUAAAUUCAAAAUACAACACUUUAAUCCAAGAAAUGAAAAACAAUCUAAUCAAAUGGAAAUCACAAGCAAUAACGAUGAAGGCAAAGAUGACAAUUCUCAAAACAUACGUUCUAUCCAAAUUAACAUACCAUCAAUACAUGGAUAAUCUAAAUGAAGAACAAAUUGAGGAAAUCAAUAACAUGACCAGAUGGUUCUUAUUCUCCUCAGUUAAGAAUACAUAUACAGAAGAGAGAAAAUACAAAACUAUGAUGAAAAUAGACAGAGCAUAUGCAGAUUGGAAAGAAGGAGGCAUAAAAUUAUGGGAUAUAGAACUAAGACAUAUAGCAUUCAAAAUCUGGUACAUGAACAGGCUACUCCAUAACAACUACAACAACAACAACAAUACCUUACAAGAAUGGUACAUGGAGCAAUUAAGUAGAAAAAAGCCCACACUUCAACCCUCAACGAUAUGUGCAGACACUGGGGUGUAUUCAGAGUCAAAUUUUACCAAAACCAUCCAAAGAUAA